UGCAGAUAUGCUCCAGUCCUUACUUCAACCAAGAGAUAAUCAGCGGUCGAAGAUGAUUGGUGCUAUGCCAGCUGUGGCGGUUCGCCAUGAAAGACGUCGCAAUGAGAAGCGCGGAGGAGGAGGGGGGCGGAGACCAUCGCAGCUGCCACUGCAGCUCGGCCGCCCCAUGGAUGCAGACGCUACACCCUCGCCGGACCACAAUCGGCUGAGGAAUGAACUCUACGUAUGCGGAAAGGUGGCAGCUCUUCACGCAGUAGUGGGAUCCCUUCUAUUAGGGAUCGUAGUACUGGUGGUGGGCUUGGUGCAGCUCUCACCUGGCGCUGAAGCCGCACAACAUCGCUACUAUCUGAUGGGAGCCGGCGCUGCACUGGUUGGGGCUGGCAUACUUGGCGCUAUUCUGAGGUGCAUCUGUCUCCACUGGUACAAUCGCAAGUUCCGUCAGGAUAACGAAGAGGACCCAGAGCCCACAACACACAAAAAUGGAGUGAGUGUGGUCGAGAGCGGACCGGAUCACAAAUCCGGUCACCAUGACAACACACACCACAAGACUGGUCACCAUGACCAUAAGACAGGGCACCAAGAUCAUAAGACGGGCCACCAAGACCAUAAGACAGGGCACCAAGACCACAAAGGCCAUGAGAAGCACUCACACGAUCAUAAGGCAGCUGACAAGCCGAAGCUUAAGUCCCAAGCUAGUGUGGGACGUGAUGUCGACCUUAUCAAGCAACCCUCGGCUGCCAGCGACACUUAAGCUAAGUCCUGACCACUAGGCUAGCCUAUCUUAAGCGUCUGUGUGCUGUAAAGAACCUGCGGGCCUCAAUAUAGCCCACAUCAUGUACUCGUAUACUUUCGAUGUCGCCAUAUUGUUGGCUGUCUACUCAGAAUGUUAGAUUUGUGUCUCUUGACAAUAGUUAUCUGUGUGAUGAGCCCACACCACAGAUUGCUGUUGUUCUUGGACUGGUUUUCAAUCUAGUCUUACGUUUACAAGUAGCAGUCUGUCGCAAAUCUUUAUUUCUCGUACAAUGAUGAAAUACUCACUUGUUUUUACUUUUUACUUUUAACGUAUUGGGAGUACUUUAAUAUGAAAACUUCCCAUACUUGACGUGACCUUAUUUAAUUACUUAUUCACACAGUACGCCUCUGGACGUGCUUGAAUUCCCAGUUGCGUUUUCAAACAGUGCCACGACUACACUCUCCGUCUGUUGACGUCACACUUACGUUAACAAACAGUAAAACACUGUUGUUUUAUUUAUUUUCAACCACGCAAGUCUUACUUAAGAUACACAAUUAUGUUUCUCGUAAGGUAACUCAAAACAUUCUAGUAUAUAGGUUUUAGUAAUAUCUACUAAAGUAAUGUACCUAAUGAAUAAAAUCAAAAUAUAUAAACGGAUUACUGUAAUCAUGUAUGGAAAUUGAGAAUGAAUCGCCGCCAUUUUGUGUCUGUAGGAUUCAGCGGUUCAUUGUCAAGAAGGAGUGGUCGCCCUGGGUACACUGCUACACUCGGCGACGUACUCCACAAUAUUCAAUAAGUGAAUAAAUAAUGUUCCAGUCUGUUCUCACGUAUCCCUUACUCUAAUCUAACUUGUAAAUAUUUUGUAAUGUGUCUACAUAAUUAUUGUCUUUUGUAUUAAUGUUAUGGCAUAUAUAUACAAUGUUAGUUACAUAUCAUUUUAAUUAGGACCUACCAUUUAUUCUCACGGAAUACUCACCGCUCAUUUUAUAUUUUAAAACUUUUUAAUUGCAUCAUUAAAAUUAUUUUAUCAUAAUAAAAAUAAUUAGAUUCGGAAUACAUUAUAAUUUAUGAGUGAAUAUAUUUUUGAAAAAUUUACAAUCUGAACUCUGGCUUUAAAUGGCCCCUUAAAAGUUUUAAAUGCGAUCGUUUUAAAAUUGUUAAUAUAAUCUUUUUAUCAUUCUAAACCUUACCGUCCGUCGUGAACAGAAUGGAUUUAGUAAAUACCUAGUAAUAAACUGCAGUUUUAAUAAACUAUAGAACACAUGAUUACGACCAUGUACUAUAAGAAUUGCAUGCAGUUAUGAGAGCUUAGUAACGUUUCAAAAAUAUAACUUUAUAUAACGUUAGUCCCUACGUCAUUAUUCUCUAUUGAAUUUAUUAAUAUUAUAUGAAGAACUAGUUAAUUUCAAACGCGCUCAUUUUGAAAUUAUAUAACUGACUGACUGACAGUCAAUCAUAAAAUAUAGGUUUGCAGACAAACCCGAAAACAGUUCAUCUUUUGCUGUCCAACAUUUUAUUCGCAGCCUGUGGUCUCACAUCCCUGCAAGGCAAUUUCGUUUCCAUCUACCUAUAUUACAAUUAUAAUAAAAAUUUAAUGAUCAUGAAGAAUAAUAUUACAUUAUCACUACAAUAGCUGUACGUGUUUACAUUCGAUGUUGUGUCUCGGUGUUUUAUUAUUAACGAAGAUAUCUAAUAGACCAAUUUAUGAUCAUCGUGUAGGAUAGUAUCAAUGUUAAUAUAUAGAAUGUGGAAUAUCAUAUCUACUCACACUCACGCCUCACGUUACUUAGCCGUUUCUCAUUACAGCCUCCACCUUAUACUUUCGAUACUUUUAAAGAAAAACCUUGGAAUUUUUAUCCUAAGAGACUGAGAAGAGUGUUCUAAAAUAAAUUUCAAAAAAAUUGUUUAUUUAUCAGUUUUGAUUAUUUACUUUCUAUAGUACUAUAAUUUGAUAGUCAUCGAUUUACACAAUAAUUUAAUUUUUGAAUAUAUAUUUUGGGGUCUACGGAUUGAAUUCAUCACUCAUUGUGGGGUCCAAUGCUUGGUCCAGAAAAAUCUAAUUAUGUAUCGGAUUUAUGAAUGCUUAUCUGUUCGUAUUGAAAGCACACAUAAUUUUACUUGUUAGUUUUCUGAUAUUCUAGAGUUAAGUAUUUUUACUUUUAUUGUUUUUUUUACUUUUUGGGAUAUGCGUAAGAUCUAUGGAGUGUCGCGAGUUGAUUGAACUCAUCUCAUACAUUUUUGGGUACUUACUGUACUGAAUCUAUGAGAUUGUACUUGUCUCUGUCUGCUAUCUAAUUUGUAUGUGCCAUAAACUUGCUGAUAUAGAGUUGUAUGGAAAAUGUAUGAGCAGAAGUUAUCGCAAGUCUUCUGUGGUAAAGAUGGAAGCUACUUCGAAGGACGGGAUUACUAUUAUUGUAUAUUUAUUGAUUAGGAGUAAUGAUGAAGACAUUGUGUGUUGUACUGGUAUUAAUGUUUAUGAAUGUUUAUUUAAGUUCUGGGACCGACUAGCGGAUGCUUGUGUAGGUUUAGAAUGCAUGGAUUUAUUUUGGAAAACCCAUUUAAAUUAAAACCCAAACUUUAAACUUUUCCAAAUUCAAUCCAAAUUGAAAUGGAGAAAAUAUUAUCUUCUUUUGUAAAUGAAAAUAGAAAUAUCAAGUAUGUAUGGCGUUCCUGUGCCCAGAUUCCAUAUACAAUUUGCUAUUUCUAUUUUCAUUGAGUAUAGUACACCUACCAGGCUUGCAUAAUGAGCUAGGCGUCUGCCAGUUGUUCCCACAAAGUAUUCCAUAUACCUAAUGAUAUUAAGUUCGUCGAUGUGUUAGGGUAAGAACAAACUAGUUUAUUGUAUUAUACCUGGUAACUAUAGUCUGUAAUUAUAUAAUAUGUAUGUGUAAUAUUAUUUUAAAUAUGCAUUAUGAGCUUUAGCGCCUGAAUUUCGCUUAAGGAAAGUUGCCAAAGAAAAAUAUAUCAGUUAUUUUUACAUGCUUCUGUUUGAUCGAUUAAAUGCUUGAAUCGAUUUAUUAUUGAAAAAAUAACAAGCAUCGUCAUAAUCUGGCAACAUGUCACGUGAAUUGUCAGUUGAUGUUUUGAAUUUAGAACCAAGCAUUUUGAUUGAUCAAUCGAUCAUAGCCGAAUUAUAUAUGUAUAGUUGUUAUAAAAUUAAAUAUUAUAUAAAUAUCUAUUGAAUGUUUAAAUUAUACAUAAAAUAUUUAUCAUAAUGAAAACUUUUUUAAUGCAAUUAGCCAUUUUGUUGAAAUAAAUUGCCGUGCCAAAGUUAAAGAUAUAGAGGUUUAAAUGUAUCUGCGAAUUUUAUAUAAAUUAUAUUAUUUGUGUUUAUAUGUUAUAUGCAAAAUAUAUAUUUAUUCUACCUAUAUUUAUAUAUAUAGCUUUGUCUGGAAUUGAGAAGUAUAUUAAAGGAUGGGAUUAUUAUAAUUAAUUAUUUUAUUACCUAUAAGAAAAAUGUAUUUGUAUAUUUUACGUUAAUUCAGGUGUAAACAAAAGGUAACUUAUUUAUACACGAACUUUAGUUAAAUUAAACUCGGUUUAACAACACUACAAUAUUAACAGAAUUAACUAGAACCGAGAAAUCGAUACGUAAUUAUAUUUAUUUAAUUAAUUGUUAUUUUGAUAGUACUUUUAUAUCUGUAUUUAAAGUAUAUAUGGACGCUAUAGAAGAAUGCUAUGCUAUUAUAAUUAUGUAUAUUAAUGUUCAUGGAUGUAGUGUCUGGGUUGAACUCUCGAUAAUGAUAACAUCAGUUAUAAUUGAUAUAGAAGUAAAUAUCUCUAAUACAAAUUCAACCUUACGCUUUUGUAAUAAAGCUAAAAAUCUAUCCUAUAUAUCUACUUAAUAUAAUAAAGCUAAAGAGUUUGUUGGUUUGUUUGAACUCGCUAAUCUCAGGAACUACUGGUUCGAAUUGAAAAAUCAUUUUUUAUGUUCAAUCGACUAUUUAUAUGGCUAUAAAACGUCACGCUACGAUCUGUAGG